UGUAGGAAGGAGGAGGCGAGGAAGGAGAACCAGGGAAUGAAAUCUCUCCAAAGGGAGAUAUUCUCCUGCCAAGUUCCUUUCUAAGUCCUUUUUCCUUGUUCGUGACAGCUCCUGAAACUCUUUCCACUACACCACACUGCCUCCGCUGCUCCCCCAUGUCUCUCGGCUGCUUAUAAGUCUCUGCCGUCUUUUACAGGUCCCAGCCAGGGUCAACCCUUGCUCCUAGCAAAGCAUCUUUCCCUUAGGUGUGUGCAAGAGGGGGGCUUGCAAACUUUGCCAGACAUCGAUUCCCUUCCCUCCAACGCCAAUCAAAUUCCGGCAGCCUUUGUUUUGGGAACAAAAUUGUCCGUGGCGGAAGGCAAUCCUUGGAUUCCUUGGGGGAACUUUGGGAGAUGGAAACGCCAGACUCGGCGGCUCCCUGGGGAGGAAAGGACCCCCAUGUCACCCAGACUGGGAGCACUGGGGAGGUCUGGGAAAGGAACGUCCAGCAGAUCCUGGGCGAGGGCAAUGCAAGCUCAGACGUCCAGCGCCAACACUUCCGGGCGUUUUGCUACCAGGAGGCCGAGGGCCCCCGCGAGGUCUGCAGCCGCCUCCACCACCUUUACCGCCAGUGGCUGAAGCCAGAAAAGCACACCAAGGCCCAGAUGCUGGACCUGGUGAUCUUGGAGCAGUUCCUGACUAUCCUCCCCCCGGAGAUGGAGAGCUGGGUCAGGGAGUGCGGAGCAGAGACCAGCUCCCAGGCGGUGGCUCUGGCAGAAGGCUUCCUCCUGAGCCAGGUGGAAGAGAAGAGGCAGGAAGAAAAGGAGGAGAUCCAGAGGCUGAAAAAUGGGGGCCUUCCAUUUUACGGGACAGAGAAGGUCCCACCGGCCACCAGGAGCAGGCAACUGUUCUGGAGAGCCGUUCCGGAGGGCAGUGGAAUGGAUGCUUCCCCUUCGCUGGGCAACCAAACUCCUCUGCCAGAUCACCCCAGCCUUUCCUUACUGUGUGACAAAGAAGAAAAGGUGUUCUUUCAGUUGCCUGGUCAGGACCCACUAACUUUUGAGGAGGUGGCUGUGUUUUUCACGGAGGAGGAGUGGGCUCUGCUGGAUCCAGGCCAAAGGGCCCUGCAGUGGGAGGUCACGGUGGAGAAUUAUGGGAACUUGGUCUCUCUGGGUAAUGUGCAGAAUAAUGAUAAUAAUGGUGAGACAUCCAUAGCAACAUCAGAGAAUGAAGCAUGGAAAGAGAUGUUUGCCAGUCAACAAGCACCCCAAAAGUCAAUGAAUGGGGAAGAGAAAUCCUCCACAACUCAGGACAUUGAUGUCCGUGUACCCCUGAAUUCACAAGAUCACAAAGGAAACAGCAGGAAUACAUGUCCAGUACGUGGUAAUAUAUGUUACAGCAUCCACACAGAGGAGAAAGCAUAUAAAUGUUUAGAAUGUGGAAAGAGCUUCAGUCGUGGUGGGGAUCUAAAUGUGCACCAAAGAACUCACACAGGGGAAAAACCAUUUACAUGCAUGGAGUGUGGAAAGAGCUUCAGUCGACGUGACCAUCUUACUUCACAUCAGAGAACCCACACAGGGGAGAAACCGUUUCAAUGCACGGUGUGCGAAAAGAGCUUCAAACACGGUAAAAGCCUUACUGCACAUCAAAGAACACACACAUGGGAUAAAUCGUUUAUAUGCAUUGAGUGUGGGAAAAGCUUCCAUGAGAGUAGUGACCUUACUGAACACCAGAGAACCCACACAGGAGUGAAACCUUACAAAUGUAUGGAGUGUGGAAAGAGCUUUAGCCAGAGCGGAGGCCUUGCUGCACAUCAAAGAACGCACAUCUGGGCAAAACCGUUUAAAUGCAUGGAGUGUGGCAAGAGCUUCCAUAGGAACUGUGACCUUACUGUGCAUCAGAGAACCCACACAGGAGUGAAACCUCACAAGUGCGUGGAGUGUGGAAAGAGCUUUUGCCAGAGCGGAGGCCUUGCUGCACAUCAAAGAACCCACACAGGGGAAAAACCCUUUAAAUGUUUGGAGUGUGGAAAGAGCUUUAGUCGCAAUUACCACCUUACUUUACACAAAAGAACCCACACCAAGGAGAAACCAUAUCAAUGUACAGCGUGUGGAGAAAGCUUUAGUGGGAGUGAUGGCCUGACUGCGCAUCUGAGAACCCACGCUGUGGAUAAACCCUCCAAGGGAAUGUGAAAAAAGCUGUAGUGGGAGCAGUAAACUUACUUCAUAAAAGAGAAUUCUUUGCUGUGUGUGUGUUUUCCCCUUAAACUGGGGGUUAAAUUGGAUGCUGUGGCCUGUGGUGGCAGCUCCAGGUUUGAAUCCAAAGGAAGUCAAAACUGAGUAGGAGAGGCAGGCCAUUUUGACGCUCACGACCCAGCCAAGGCAUGUGGCCCCAAUCCACAGGUUUCGCCUCCUUCAUCAAAUCUAUCUUUUCGGUGUGGUGACCUCACCUGAUUUGAAUGAUUUGCCUAAAACCCUUUAUGUGUUGAUGCAAAAACAACAACUGGGGCUCACUUGAGAUCAAGUCCCUUAACCCGAGUUCCUUAAAGCAGAGUUGACUAUUAAGCCUUUGAUUGUUUAUUUGUCAUGACAAAUAUUCAACCUCUCUCAAAAGCAAAGAAGGGAGAACCUCGUGACAAGGGGUGUUCUGCCUUUUAAAGGUUUACAGUUCCCGCGAAAGAGCGAGAAAUCAUGCCCCACAAACGUCAGUGAUACAUAGGUAAUUAGGAGGGGUUUCAAUAUGUCAAUCAGAACAUUUGGGAAUUGUGGGUCUUUUUUAUUUAUUAAAAAAAUUAAUGAUACUUUUCAGAUAUAUACAUUUCACUGAAUAAUUUUGACAUUUUAAAACUUGACUUCCUUCUCCCUCUUUCUGCGGUUCCUUCAAUUUAUUUUUAAUAUCUUCUACAUAUCCAAAUUCACUUAAGUUACUAAUUUGUUUAUCUUCUUUAAAUAUAUACUCUUAUGUAACUGCAGGUUAUUACAAUAACUCUGCCAGUGUUUUUAUCUGUUUACAAUUUAUAU